UUCACUCACAAAAUCAGUACUAUAGCUACUAAACACUCUAACAAUGGCAAACCAAAUCUACUUAUUCUCUUUGGUCUUCUUCUCUGUUUUACUUUACCAAUCCACUACAGUCUUAUCUUUCCAAAAAUCAUUCGACCUCCAAAAACCAUGCAAGCGUUUCGUCUUCCACCUCCAUAAUGUUGCCUACGAUGGUGAUAACAUGGAUAAUGCCACGUCAGCAGCAAUUGUGAACCCAUUAGGACUAGGAGACUUCAAUUUUGGGAAGUUUGUGAUCAUGGACAACCCUGUGACAAUGGACCAGAACUAUCACUCGAAGCCGGUGGCACGUGUUCAAGGCUUCUUCUUCUACCACGGUAAGGCGAAAUAUGACACUUGGCUUUCUUGGUCAGUAGUAUUCAAUUCAACACAACACAAGGGGACAUUGAACAUAAUGGGUGAAAAUCCGUUUAUGGAGCUGACUAGAGACCUACCGGUCGUUGGUGGGACUGGUGAUUUUGUCAUGACUCGUGGGAUCGCUACGUUCAUGACUGAUCUCGUUGAAGGCAAUAAGUAUUUCCGUGUCAAAAUGGAUAUUAAACUCUAUGAAUGUUACUAUUAGAGUUACUCUUGGGUUUGAUGUUUCUGAGUUGAUAUAUUUGGGUUUAUUGUUUCUUUGUUGGCAUUUUAUUGCUUUUCUCUGUUCGUAGUUGAUGUUGUACCAAGUUCUAAUAAAUGGUAUAUUGAAAA